AUGUCUCAGAAACUCCGACCCCUCGACGAAAUCGUCGACGUCCCCGAUUACAUGAGGAAAUAUUGCUCCGGUGCCUGGCACAUCGAUUCCGCCGAACAAUUCGCCGUCGAAUACAACGCCCUCACGUUCCGAGAAAGAAUAUGUGACCGAAGAAAAUAUGGCGUCUCUACUUGUUGUGCGUCGUGCUUGUCUACAAUAUUGUGGCGCGACUCAAUAGCGCAGAAAUGCUAUAGAUUCUUCAAAUCUGCUCGCAGAGAAGCCAGAGCGUGUGUCAAACGUCAAGCUUACAUUCCCGGACAGGAUUCGGGACAUCACACGCGGGUUUUUGCGAGGCUCGCUGUUGGUCUGAAUUUUCUGGCGGUUGAGACUAAGUGUAGACCGUCGUGUCCGAGAUGGUCCCGGUCAGGAGCCCAGUCUCAGAUCCAGUCUCAGGCCCUGGCCAAGGCUUCGACUGCGAGUAAGACGACGGAGCAGGAAGAGGCGCUCCCGAGUUAUGAGGCGGCUACUGGGCUGGGACGUGGGUGUUAA